AGUCGGUGGCAGUAUGGCGCUGAGGAGACUCGGUAGAUGUUGUCGGUCGUUAGCACACGAGUCCGGUAAAGGAGGAUUAUUCCGUGUUUUACCGUCCGGAUGGUUGGAAACAUGUUCAGGAGCCAAGAGGCACCUGUUGUCAGAAGAUGUCAUCAAGCUUCAGGACUUUCAGGAAAAGAAGCUGACCGUGGCUCACCUCGCCACUGGAUCCAAAGGGAAUUAUGUUGAGCUGUUCAGUGAGAAGCUACAAAGGAACGAGUUGAUACUGAAAGAUGAGCUGAAGCUUCUCCUUCACCUGUGCCAGUCUGGGGACGACUUGGUGAUAGCCAGAGAUGCAAUCUAUAGGUAUCACACAGAGAACCGAAACAUGGCGUAUGGGGAGUUUAAGUUUGGUCCUCUCUUCGUUAGACUGUGUUAUGAAAUGGGUCUGGAGGACAUGGCUGCUGCUGCACUUACAGAUAAGAGCAUGAAAGGGUUUUUCAACGAUGCAACGUCCUUUAACAUCGCCGUAGACAUGUUGUUCACAAAAGGCUCUUAUGAAAAUGCUCUGGAGGUAUUAAGAACCAUGAGGAACCAAGGUAUACCAUUCAACAAAGACACACAUACACUGGCAACCGGCACCUGCUAUAAACUGAACACUACAGAGUCCUACAGAAUCUGCAAGUCUCUGAUAGAGGAGGGACAGACCAAAGGACACUUCAUCCCCAGACAUGCUUACUGCUUCGCUGUAGCAUUAGCACUCAGGCAGAGUGACGUUGAGAAGGCACAGUCACUGUAUUCACAAAUCAUGAGCACAGAUAGCAGAUUAUGUCAAAAUUUGAAAGUUGUGAUAUUAGCCAUGUCAGGAGCAGUGAAAAGUGCCAUUUCCAGCCUGUGUGCAGCCGUGUUACCUAAAAGCCCUUCUUUUGUCAAGAAGCCUGAAUUUUCACAGGAGGUGGUGGAUUUGCUGCGCUUGCGGACUAAAGGCGGAUCACACAUGAGGGAAGUGGAGCAGAUAGUGACUCGGCUUGAACGAGCCGGUCAGGUGACUCAGCAGACCGUCGACGACAUGCUGUGCCACACGCCCACAGGGAAGAGGAAACCAGCGCCAAUAAUGGAGGAGAGGAGGUUCAGCAGAAGGACUCUGAGGCCACUUCAGUCCACCCUGCUAUCAGAAUGAGACGCCUGCUUUCACUAUUAUCAAUCAUCUGACCACAGAGAUGACUUUGUCGAGAUGAUCUACCUCCUAAACACAUUUAACGAAAAAGGUCACAGUCCAAGUUUGUGCAGCAGGCAUUUAAGAAAAACAACAUCUUAAUGACUUUUCCUUUCAGGAUCUGAUAUGGAUAACGUGAGUGAUUUAGUAAGAAUAUGUUGUAUAUAAAAGUGUGAAUGAGUGUUAAAGAUGAAACGGAUAUUUAAUAAAAAAAUACAUAAUU